AUGAGAUUGCUCGGAGGAUUUCGAGUUCCGCAGGUGCAUGGGAACAGGUUCAACUCUAGCUCAAUAUUUGUGCCGGCCCACGAGCCGGCACUGGAAAGUGACUGCCGUCGGUUGGAAAAGUUUUUGGAAGACAAACCACACAUCCUUGUGCUGACUGGUGCCGGUAUAUCGACCGAAUCCGGCAUCCCGGACUACCGAUCCGAAGGAGUUGGUUUGUAUGCCCGUUCGAACCACAAACCGAUCCAGCACGGAGAGUUCGUGAAGUCGGAAGCCAUCCGAAAGCGCUAUUGGGCCCGCAACUAUGUCGGUUGGCCACGGUUUUCUUCGAUAGCACCAAAUGUUACGCACUACACGCUAGCAAGGUUGGAGCGCGAAGGUCGGAUAAGCGGCAUCGUAACACAGAACGUUGAUCGGUUACACGGGAAGGCCGGAUCGAAGCAAGUGGUCGAACUGCACGGUAGUGGUUAUGAUGUGAUUUGCGUUGGCAAUCAGGAUGAACGGGGCAAAGGAUGCAAUUAUCGCAUCGAUCGGCACGACUUUCAGCGCAUACUGGACCAGGUCAAUCCGGCCAUGGAAGAUAACUCCACCGCGAUGCGACCGGAUGGUGACGUGGAACUUUCGAUGGAGUAUGUAGAAGGGUUCAAAAUACCACCCUGUCCACAGUGUGGUGGUAAUUUGAAACCGGAAAUAGUGUUCUUCGGAGAUAAUGUCCCAAUGGCACGGAUAGAGAAAGUCGUACGCAUGAUAAUCGAAUCGGACGGCGUGCUUGUCCUGGGAUCCAGCCUGACCGUGUUCUCCGGCUAUCGCAUAGUACUGCAAGCGAAGGAAUUGGGUCUUCCGGUUGCUAUCGUUAAUAUUGGCGCAACGAGGGGUGAUCCAAAGGCGGAUCUUAAAAUUUCAGCCAGAUGUGGUGAAAUCAUGACGAAUCUGUUCAAGACCAGAAGAUAG